AUGGCGGCGGGCGGCGGCGCGGGCGCGGCGGUAGCGGGGGGAGCGGGAUGGCGGCUGCCGGGGCGGGUGCUGGAGCUGGUGUUCUCCUACCUGGAGCUGCGGGAGCUGCGGAGCUGCGCCCUGGUCUGCAAGCUGUGGCACCGCGUCCUCCACGGCGACGAGAACAGUGAGGUGUGGCGCAGCCUGGCGGCCCGCUGCCUGGCGGAGGAGGCGCUGCGCACCGACAUCCUCUGCAACGUGCCCACCUACAAGGGCAAGGUACGUGCCUUUCACCAUGCCUUUAGCACCAAUGACUGCUCCAGGAACGUCUACAUCAAGAAGAACGGCUUCACUUUGCACCGCAACCCCAUUGCGCAGAGCACAGAUGGGGCAAGGACCAAGAUCGGCUUCAGCGAGGGCCGCCAUGCAUGGGAAGUGUGGUGGGAGGGCCCGCUGGGCACCGUGGCCGUCAUCGGCAUCGCCACUAAGCGGGCUGCCAUGCAGUGCCAGGGCUACGUGGCGCUGCUGGGGAGUGAUGACCAGAGCUGGGGCUGGAAUUUGGUGGACAAUAAUUUGCUGCAUAAUGGAGAAGUGAACGGCAGCUUCCCUCAGUGCAAUAACGCACCGAAAUACCAGAUAGGUGAGCGGAUCCGAGUUAUCCUGGACAUGGAAGACAAAACAUUAGCUUUUGAGAGGGGCUAUGAGUUCUUGGGAGUUGCAUUCAGAGGACUGCCAAAAGUUUGCCUGUAUCCAGCAGUGUCUGCUGUGUAUGGUAACACGGAAGUGACUUUGGUCUACCUGGGAAAACCUCUGGAUGGAUGAUGUGGAUUGUUUCGUUGGGACAUCAAGAUGUGGAUGAUUCGGAGGAGAAAUCUGCAUGUUGGUUAGAGGGAAAAGUGAACUAGAAAAAAGUGUGGGUGUGUGUCCAAGAACCAUUAAGGAAACUAUAAAGAAUUUUGAAAUGGAGGACCAGCCAUACUUCAGGAAUUGUGUUACAUUUCCUCUUUCUACCAGGCCAGACAUAUCCUCAGGGUUGCAGUUGGUUUAGUGGGAAGCUAGCACAUGCAUGUUGCAACAGAUUUCAUUGCUAAGAUGGCAGUGUGUGACCUCAAAUAUUUAAGGAAGAAUUUGAUAUAAAACUGCUUGAGGAAAUUAACUGGAGAUUUGUAAGUAGCGUGUUUUGUGAAAGACUCCCAUUUUUAAACUGCUUGUUCCUUCCCUUCCCUCCUUUGGGCCAGCACGGGUACCAGAGGAGAAUAAGUCUGGUUGGGUUUUAUUUACAAUUUUUAAUAUACUGAGAAGCAUGGUCUGUCUGGACUGCCCUUCUCUAGUAGAAUGAUAUAAAAUGUGUGCAGCUAUUUUUAAGUGUAUUUUAAAGGUUGUAUAUAUAUAACAGGUUGAAAAGAACAGUUAAAAGAAAGAAUUUGCUUUAUUCUAACUGGGAUAUAACUUCUCAAAGGAAAAAAACCCCACUACGUGGCAUCAGAAAAACCUCAGACAGGUACAUAACAUUCAUGUAAGAGUACUUCUUUUGUUGUAUUGUAAAGCAUUUUGGGAUGCUCUUGUGGAGUAAGGUGCUACAUUGGCUCAUUUUUGCGUAGCUGAAAGUUUCCAUAGCUUUAGCAAUGUAUUUGUUCUCUCUAAGAAACACAAGAAAUUUUCACUACAAGUUUUUUUUUCUUUUUUUUUGUGACAAAGUAUAUGGUCCCUUUUAAGAAUGAAAGGUACAACACUGUAGUGAGCUGAUCUUCCUUUUGAUACCAAAAGACAAGCUUUUAAAAGAAGUCUUAUAACCUCUAAUCACUAUUGUAAAAUGAGACUUUCAAAAUAAUGAAGAAUCAACAUUCAGCUUCUCUCAUUCGAGAUCUUGUUUUCAAUUUAAAGUUUCAUAAGGAUUUAAGACUUGACUUAACCUAACUUUAAUUGGUUUCUUUAAGUAAAUAAAAUCCCAAGUAUUCACCUGCUAUUUCGAGACAGGACUGGUAAAAUUCUCACUUCCCUCUGGAGAUUCUGGAUCAGGUUCAGCGUUUGGGCUUUUCACUUGCACUGUUUUUUUAAAAGCUUACAAGACCAACUGACAUGUCAGCAUUACAGCAUUCAAUGCACAGGCUGAAAAGGCUGUGAAGCUUAAAGGUGUAAUAAAGAGGUACUUCUGGGGGAAACUGCUUUCCUCUGAGGUUGAAAGGUCUGUAGAGAUCUAGGUGUCUGUCAGCCUUCAUACAAGUAAGGCUAAUUUAAGCCCCAGAGUGGAUUUCCUUUCAAUAGGACAUUGAAUUCUGUAAGCCCUGUGGCUAACAUUUGACUCUCAUUUGUUCCUGGUGGUGUUUCUCCAAGUUUAACAGAACUAUUUGAACUGUUUCAGAAUUUCUGAUGGCGUGUUUUUUAGGGAGGGAGAAGGAAAUGUUUAUGCAACCUCUUUUUGUUUUAUUUGUGCUAGAGAAUGUGAAUUACUUCAUAUCAGACACUGAUAAAUCUCCAAGUGUGGAAGAGAAAGGGAUUUCUCUUAGGUUGUUAAUUUUUUUCCCAUUACUUGAGUAGUGUAAGGAAAAUAGUACAAGCAGAUGACUGGGAUUCUUAGUCUGCUGCUGAAGAGCUAUACUUGGAGUGCUAUUUACCUAAGUUCUGCACUGGAAUAGAGUAUGUACAUUAUUGCCAUUUAAAAGGAUUUUAAAGUAUUUAUUUGUUUUAGGUGUAGUUUAUUCCUUAAAGGCAAUAUCUAUUGAGGUCAAUUUCUCCUAUCUGCGUUUAAAAAAAAAAUGCAGUGUAAGGAAUUAAGAUGUUUUAAAUGGUACUGAAAACAACUGAGUAAAUGAAGUGAGACUGGUAUAUGAGUACCUUUUGGAAAAAUCUGUUACAAAUGUUGAUCGUCUGUAGACUGUAAAGUAUGUAUCUAUGUAGCAGAACCUUGUGGUAUGAAGUAGGAAAAAAGGAAACAAAACCCUGUCCCAUUACAGAGAAGAAAAUUGUCUUUUAGGUGAAUGUAUUCUUUAUGCAGUCUUGGAAGACAUGACCUCUGCACUUGUUCAUGAAUCCGUAGAUGUAGGUAAACCUUGAGAACUUCUGAGGGAUUUUAUUCACAAAUAAAGAUUUCUUUCCAUUCUUCAAAUUGCAUCUUACCCUAUAAAAAUUUCCCUCUAAAUUAGAAAUGGUAAAAGUUGAACAUUCCUUCCUUAAGGGUGGGUUUGGGGGAACUCACUUAUGUAAGAUUAAUCUUAUUACUGGAGACCAAUGCUAGUUGUACAAAAUAUUAAAAUAAACUGCUAUAAUUCAGAAGGAAA